AUGAAGCAGCUUUCUCUAUUAUCGUUAUUCUUCUUUAUCCUAUUCCUACAAGGUUUUUCGGUGCAAGGUCAAAACUGGAACGACACAAAUUCGACAGUUGAAGUGGUCGCAAACUUUAUAUGGUGCCUGAAACAGAGUGGCUUGUUCUCUUCCGAUCAGUUUGAUGACCUGGACAUGAUCACAGACACCAUGCAAAUGCAGUUGAGAAAAAUGGGAAGUAUGUCAGAAAGCAAAAUUAAAGUAAUGAGGGUAGGUAUGGCCGGGUCCAUAGCUGAAACCGCAGUAGCAUCGCCAAGUGGAGUUUCUCCGCUAAUGCUGAACAGCAUUGACGACUGCUUGACAAGUGCCAUGCUCCAAGUGACAGGACAAAUCGAUCAAAGAUACAGAGCCGAAGUAUUGCAAAUAAUUGAAGUAGUUGCUAUUGACGAAAGAAAUUCUGCAUCUUCAUCAGUAAGUAUAGAAACAAGCUCAUCAGGGGAUAGUUAUUCUGGAUCAUCAGAAGUUGGAAAAGCAGCAGUUGUAUACACAACAAAGACAAAUUCAGGACUGGCAAUAAGUUCUUCCCAAUCAACCGGAUAUAGCGCCUUAGCUGUAGGAUAUGGGGCAGGAGCUAUCGCUAGUAGCAGCGCAGGAGGUGAAUCUGGUGCAAUUCGAGCUUCUGACAAAAAAGCAGUUGAAAAUGGAAUGAUUUAUGGAAGUGAAGCUACAUAUAGUGCUGAGACUAGAGAAGGAUCUUCUUCAGGACAUGAUGCCAAUGUAACAGCUGCAGAAGCUAACGUUAAUUCUAACAUAAGAGCGGGAAAUGGAAGAGGCUACGGUGCUGAAAAUGAAGCUAGUGGAGCGGUCACCACCGAUGGAGGAACCGAAUUUGGUGACCAAACAGGAGCUGAAUAUAGAAAAGACUAUAGUUCUGAAGUUGGGGCGGGUGCUAAAGCUACAAGAUAUAGUGCUGAAGUAGGUGCAGGAACUGUCACUAGUGUCAGAGCUGGUACUGAGUAUGGAAUGAACUACGGUGCUGGAAUUGAGGUAGAAGCAGGAGUUACAAGUAGAUAUGGAAGUGACAAUGGAGUCGGAGUUCAAUAUGAGUUUGGAGUGGGAACUGAUGGAACUGUAACAAAAAAUGUAGAAGCAAGAGUUGGAUAUAGAAGAGACUACGGUACUGGAACUGAUACAAGUACAGGAGUUAUAGCUGCUGAAGCCUCCGAUGCCAGAGUAUCUAAAUAUACCAGUAUCUAUGGGCCUGGAACUGGUAUUGAGGCAGUAGUUAGUGGGGCAAAAAUCGCAAAUUCAGGAGCCGCUUUUGGGGUCGAAGCAGAAUAUAGAAGAAGCUAUGGCGAUAAAUCCGGAGGUGAUAUUGUAUAUGGUGUCGGCAUGGGAGCUGGUAGAGCAGUUGUAGCAGGAGCAGGAGCUGGUGCCGGAUCUACAGGCAUGUUUGGAUAUGGUAUCGGCGGGAGAGAUACUGCUGUAAACGAGGAAAGGGCGGAUAUAAGAUAUGGAAGAGGCACUGAAAUAGAUACAAGAGUUAGAGAUGCGGCUGGAUAUGAUGUAGGCUCUGGAGCUCGUGGAGAAGCAGACUCAAGUGCGAUAGUUAGGACAGGAGUAGAAGGUGCAACUGGAUAUGGAGGAAGUUAUAUCCCUAGAUAUGGUGCUGGUCCGAGAUCUGAUGGAGCAAUCAGUGCAGAAGUAGGAACCGGAGUCGGAGCUGUCGUCAUUGCAGAUUCUGGAUACAGAAGUGGCUAUGAUGCUGAAGCUGCAAGUGCUGCUGUAUACGGUGCUAAAGCUAGUGAAGCAGCAGUGGCCCUUACAAGAUCCGAUUCUAAUGAUAGAGCAACAUCUAUAUAUGGAAGAAACGACAUUCCUAGAGUUCGAACAGAUAUAGAAGCUGCAACUGCGAUUGGAUAUGAUUCUGGUGCAGGAACAAGAAUUGGUGCUGGAGUUGGAACUGCAUAUGGAGGAGGUACUGGAAUUGUGGCAGGAGUGGUAACUGAAAUUGGAUACCGAGAAGGCUUCGGUGCUGGUUCUGGAACUGAAAAUAUAGGUGGCAUUGGAGUUGGAGCAGGAGUAGGAACUGGAACUGGAUACGGAGGUGGCUAUGGUGCUGGUUCUGGAGUUGGAGUUGUUGGCGACACAGGAGUUGUGGCAGGAGCAGGAGCAGGAGCCGAAGCUGAUGUUGCAACAAAGGCAGGAGCUACAACUGGAUACGUAAGAGAAUACAGUGCUGGAUCAAAUGCUGGAGCUGGAUUUAAAGAAAGUUACUGUCCUGGAUUCAGUACCGGAAUUGCAGUUGAAUAUGGAGGAGGUUAUGCUGCUGGUUCUGGAGCUAGAGGUGCUGCUGACAUAGGAUCUGGUGCAGGAGUUGAAUAUAAUAAAGACUAUUAUGUUGGAGUUGGAGCAGGUGCAGAAACAGGAGCUGGUGGCUCAGUUGGAUAUGAAGGAAGUUACGAGGCUGGAUCUGGAUUUGGAGUUGCUGCUAUAUAUGAUGCUGGUGAUAGCUGGAGAAGCUAUGAUAUCAGAGCCCGAGCAGAUGCUGGAGCCGGAAUUGCUGGUGCAACAGAGGCAGGAACAGAGGCUGAGUACGGAAGAGGUUACAAUUAUGGAUCAAGUAUUGUUGGAUAUGGUACUAACUCAAGUUCUAGUUCAGGAUCUGUAGCAGACACUGUAGCUAGUGCAGGAGACGGAUACGGAAGAGAUUUCGGUAUUAGAGAUUCUGAUGCGUCAGGAUAUGGUUCUGGAUAUGAAUUCAGUAAAGCAGCAGUUACAGGAACCGGCAAUUCCGCUGGAGAUACCUUUGCUCAGGUGUUUACACAGAAUUUGUUGACUUCGGGUAUCAUUACAUCUGAAACUUUAACUUCCUCUUUAGCGCAAGCGACUGCCUCAUCUAUGGCGAAUAUUGCUGCUCAGGGCUUGGGCUUAGAUGCUAAUAUGGCUAAUUAUCUGUCAAAUGAAAUGGCCAGAAUGGCUGCUUCUAUAUCAGAAAGUACUAAAGAUCAGUUUGCUUUUGUUCAAGCAAUGUCUUACAUAAUGGGAAAACUUCUGGCGGAGUUUGGUGUAAUUAAUGAAAGCACUGCUUUGUCUGCAGCAUCGAGUACAUCUUCUUCAAUAAUUGAAACUAUAAAAACUUAUGGAUUUGGAGAAUUUGGCAUAUAUAGUGGGGCAGUGGGAGCUGGAACAGGUGCAGCAGUUAAGGCUGGUGUCGGAGGAGGAACUUCAGAAAGAUAUUGUGGAGUAACCAGUGGAUAUGGUGUAGGAGCUGAAGCUAGUGCAGGUGCGGUGGCACGAAAUGCAGAUGGAUAUGGUACAGGAACCGGGGCAAGUAUGGCCAAUGCGGAUGACUAUAGAGUCGGAUCUGGAGAUGCUGGUGGGUAUGGUGAUGAAAGCGGAGUUUCAACAUCAACAAGUGCCUCAUCUGGCGGUGCAACUGGUAUAGUUACAGAUGGAAGAUACGGAUAUGGGACAAGUACAGAUAGAGGAAUAGCAGCAGGAAUUUCAUCUGGUUUUUAUGGGGAUGUUUUGAAUCGUUUAACAUCUCCUGAAGUGUCUAACAGAGUAUCGUCUAAUAUUGAAACUAUUGCAUCUGGUGGACUUUCCGCCCUACCUAAUGUAGUAUCAAAUAUUGUCUCACAAGUGAGUGCCUCUGCUUUUGUCGCUUCUAUUGACGAAAUUGUAAUUCAGGUAUUGCUGGAACUGAUUUCCAUUCUUGUUCAUAUAAUAAGUAAUACUUCCGUUGGUCCUGUUGAUACAAGUGGAGUGGACCUAUCAUUUGCUACAGUUAGGCAGGCUCUAGCAACUAUUCUUGGCUAA